AGCGUUUUCAGCGCCGCGGUGAGAGCGCCAAAAAGCGGGGGGAGGGGGGAGGGCGAGGUAAAAAUUUGAAAGCCGCCACACAAUGGCGCGUUGUCGAAAUUGGAAAGUCGAGUGGUGCGCGCCGGUUGCGCAACCGCUCUUACGGGCUCUGUUGUGACGGUGACGAAAGGCUGGUGACGUCACCGCCACGAAAGUGCAUCGCCACCCCCCUCCCCCCUCCCAGGGCUGCACGUGCGCUGCAACCGCGCAGCAGCCGCGCUUCCUGCUCGCCGGGACUUUCUAUUGGGAAACCGCCGCGGCGGGGCCUCUCUCCUGGCGCUUGGGUAAUUCGACUCUCGCGCGGCGCGGCUCCGAGCGAGAUGCAUCCGAUUGGAUGCGGCGGUACUUUCGUUUCGAAAUCGGCCCGCACAAUUGGCCGUAUCGAGGCAGAGGCGAGCGAGUCUACGGCGCCCGAGAGGUGGCUGAGCGCGUACCGCCGUUUC